UCUCUCUCUCGGGCUAAUGAACACUGCAGUGUAGCUUCAGUCUCAGUGCUGAACAUGAGCUCAGCUCCUCUGGAUCUCCAGUCAUGCCUACAGGAGCUGUUUACCUGUGAGGAGCUUUAACUGACACACCUGGACUCCCCUCACCUGAGACGGUGUUCACAGGGCCACAAGAUCAACUGGAGAACACAUUCCAUCUGCUCAUCUCCAGUUUUCAAGAUGUUCAGAGCAUCUACUAUCAGCGUCUGUGUUGUGUUGUUACUGAUCUGUAGAGGUGAUGCUAAGCCCAAUGGAAAGAGCAAGAAGGCCAAACAAGUUGUUCCGGAUAUCGAGUGUGAUAUUCGGGCGGGGAAGAUCAGCUACCCCGAGUUUAUCGUAAGAUGUCCUGCUGGCUGCCGCGAGACCAUGCAGAGGGUUUACGGCACGGGAAUCUACGCCUCCAUAUCCAGCAUCUGCAACGCUGCCAUCCACAGUGGGGUGAUCACUAACACAGGGGGGAAGGUGAUAGUGAAGAAGAUGGCCGGACAGGCCGAGUAUAAGGGCAGUCACGCUUACGGCGUCAGGUCACUGUCCCUCCCCAACUGGAGAGAGUCCUUUACUGUGGAAGUGGGAAAACCCAACAAAGGCGUGAUCUACCCAACUACCCUGGAAUACACAGCUUCAAAACCCACCACAGUAAAAACAGGCCAAAAGGAAGCCAAAGCCUCACCAGUCUCCACAGUGCUGCCAACCACGACAACCCCCGAACCAACCACGACUACCACCCCAGAGCCAACCACCACCACGACCACAACAACCACCACAACAACCACCACGACUCCACCUCCCACAACCACGACCACCACGCCCCCAACCACGACCACCACCAAGCAGAGGGCUGCCGUCCAUAAAGUCAGAGAUGCAGGCAGCAGUCACCCGUACUAUGCCUCAGUGGCUGCAGCAGCCAAUGCAAGACAGUCCCAGACCAGCCAGGGGAAGGGUCUUCCUCAAGCAUUCAGGGGCGGUCCCGCCAUCGCCGGCAGAUUUUCACCUCGCAUCAAUCCAGGGGUUCGCAGACCAGAUGCAGGAACUCCAAUCAGACGCCAGCCUUCAUCUCCAUCCACUUCAGCUUUCAAUCGAGUCAAGGUGCUCCAGCCCGAGAGGAACGAGAACUCCAAUCCCACCUUUGGUAGGAGGGAAUGGCCACAGCCUGCGCGACCCGAUUGGUUCUCCGGACCCAGGAGAACAUCAGAUGUUACUAACUAUGAGCCAGACUCAGGCUACACCUGGAGCGAGGUGAACACCGGCGACUCCGCAGCUCCAGAACCACGGCCAGACAUUUCAGAGUACGAGCGCUGGUACUAUAAUUUUGGACAGUAUCCUUCAGCUUCUCGACCAGCGGAGACGGAAAACGGCCGCAAGCUCCACCCUGAAACCAGCCACACACGAGUGGAUCCGGUGGAGGUGUGGAAGCCGGAAUCCAACCCGUUCGACUCAGGAUUCAGCACCCGAGAGCAGGACUCCUUACCCAGAGCCCCAGAAAUCAUGUCUCAAGGAGAUCCGAACUGUAAGGUGGACAUCGCCUUCCUGAUGGACGGCAGCUGGAGCAUCGGGAAGCGGCGCUUUAAGAUCCAGAAGGAUUUCCUGGCAGAGGUUUCGCAGGUCAUCAAUGUGGGCGUGGCUGGACCGAUGAUGGGCAUCAUCCAAUACGGAGACGACCCGGUGACGGAGUUCAGUCUGAGGCAGUACUCGAACUCCAAAGAGCUGAAACCCGCCAUCGACAAGAUCAUGCAGAAAGGAGGACUUUCAAACGUGGGUAAAGCCCUCUCCUACAUCAACAAGCACUACUUCAGUGAUGCCAACGGUAACCGGGGAGGGGCUCCUAACGUGGCGGUGGUCCUGGUGGACGGUUGGCCCACGGAUAAGGUGGAGGAAGCUUCCAGACAGGCAAGAGAGUCGGGCAUCAACAUCUUCUUCGUUACCAUUGAGGGUCCUGACGACAACGAGAAGCACAAUGUGGUGGAGCCCAACUUUGUGGAUAAGGCCGUCUGCAGAACCAAUGGGUUCUUCUCGCUGCCGGUGGCCAGCUGGUUCGCCCUCCGGAAGGCCGUGCAGCCGCUGGUGAAACGAGUGUGCGACACGGACCGCCUGGUCUGCAGCAAAACCUGCCUGAACGCCAACGACAUCGCCUUCGUCAUCGACGGCUCCAGCAGCGUGGGCACCGGAAACUUCCGCACGGUGCUGCAGUUCGUAGCCAACGUGACGCGUGAGUUCGAGAUCUCGGACACGGACACGCGGGUGGGGGCGGUGCAGUACACGUACGAACAGCGCCUGGAGUUCGCCUUCGGGCAGCACAACACCAAGGCUGACCUGCUGAACGCCAUCAAACGCAUCAACUACUGGAGCGGCGGCACGAGCACUGGCGCCGCCAUCACCUACGCCGCCGAGCAGCUCUUCAGCAAGUCCAAACCCAACAAACGCAAGAUCAUGAUCGUCAUUACGGACGGACGGUCCUACGACGACGUCCGCGCCCCUGCUCUGGCGGUGCAUCGGUCAGGGGUCAUCGCCUACUCCAUCGGCAUCGCCUGGGCGGCUCAGGACGAGCUGGAGUACAUCGCCACCGACCCCGACCGAGACCACUCUUUCUUCGUGGACGAGUUCGACAACCUCUACAAAUACGUGCCGAAGAUCAUCCACAACAUCUGCCAGGAGUUCAACUCUCAGCCGCGGAACUGAGACACGCUCAGUCGCUCUGGCGCCACCUACAGGACGUUCAGGCGCAUCAUAGCAUCAUAGCAUUUAGCUUAUUGAGUCUCUACGGCCUUUUGGAGUCUUGGGUGGAGCUUCGCUUCUGAAAAAGAAGCGUUUUUAUAAGGGACUAAAGAACGACGCUUGUAGGCUCCACACAGAGUGCAUGCUGGGAAAGUGGCGGAGGAGAGGCUCAGAGGCUACGAGAGCUAGGCUAGCAUACAGGUACUACCAUACCAUACUAUAUUUGCAUAGUCAGCAGGUAAUACAGGUCAUAAAAGAUCAUAAAAGCUCCAGACAUGUGGCAAGACUUUUGCUCAGCUUUGUAUUUUAUAUAGAUAAAGGUGCUAUAUAUAUAUAUUUAUAUAUAUAGUAUAAAUUGUCACCUGCCGUUCUAAUCGAUGGCCUUCGUGUUACGAUAUAAAGAGAAGCCAUGAUGUCAGAGGCUGGAACUGUGUAAUGCUUUAUGUAAAGAGUUUUUUUACAGGUUAUUUUUGUAUUAUAACGGCCCUAAAACAUGCCUACACGUGUAAUCUAGACAUUUUGUUAAAAUAUGGUUUGAAACCAUUGCUACAAAGGUGAUGCAACACUUAAAAAAAAAAAGCCAUUUUUUAUACAUUUGUACAGAACAUUUACAUCUAAUUCAGUUUUUCACAAUCACACAACUUUUUUAACUAUGUAAACCCUGUACAUACUCCCACACAUUCAUUUUUUAACCCUAAAACUGCCAUCAUCAUAAUUAACAUAACAUUUUAAAAAGACCCUAAAACUGAAUCAUGUGGAAAAAGGUUAAUUAUGAGCAUUAACAGAACUGAAAGUGUUUUCUGUAAAUUAAAACCCUGUAUGUUCACACACAAUUCCAUUCUUUUAACACUAAAACUAUAAUACUCAUAAUUAAAAUUCGUUUUAGAAGGCCCUAGAAUUGAACCCUGUGGGACGCUAUGAAAAACUGCAGUACACACAAUUAACAUCGAUUUCAAAAGGCCCUAAAACUGAAAAAAAAAAACGUGUACAUAGACCCACACUUUCAUUAUUUUAACCCUAAUACUGCAGUAAUCAUAAGUAACAUACACACAUUUUUAGAGACCCUAAAACUGAACCCAGUGGGACGCCACAAAAAAAGUUAUAUUAUGGGUAAUAACACAACUGAAAGUGUUUUCUGUUAAUACUCAUACUUAAAAUUCAUUUUAGAAGGCCCUAGAAUUUAACCCUGUGGGACACUAUAUACAAAAAAGUUUUUUUAAGUAAAAAGUUUAGACCUAUUAUUGUUUUUGGUUCUGUAAAUUGGUAAAUAAUCUUUACAUCAACAUUUUUAACAUUGUAAAUCCUGUACAUACAUACCUACAUUUCAAUAGUUUUAACCCUAAAACUAUAAUACUUGUAAUUAACAUCAAUUUUAAAAGGCCCUAAAAUUGAGCUCUUUUUUUUUGUUCUGUAAUUUGGUAUAUAAUAUUUACAUCAACUUUUUUAACCCUGUAAACCCUGUUUAUACAAACACACAUAUUGUAAUCCUAACACUAUAAUACUCAUAAUUUACAUUCUUUAAUCAAUUUUAAAAGACCCUAAAACUGAACCCUUUGGGACGCCACGAAAAACGUUAUAUUAUAAGUAACAGAACAGAACGGGAAUUGUUUUUGGUUCUGUACAUUAGUAAAUAAUAUUUAGGUCAAGAUUUUUAACAACGUAAAUACCGUACAAUUUUUAAGGGCCCUAAAAUACAACCCUGUGGGAUGCCAAACAAUAGGCUAAACCAAAUCAUUCAUAGUAGUUUCUACAUUAUAGGUAAUAACUGAUUAAUAAAUAUGAUAAUAAUAAAUCUCUAAACAUCUACACUUCUCUCUUUAUGGAACUUCAGAAAACCUUUUGUAGCAUCUUUAUUUUUAAAACUUAAACUUAAAACACAAUCAGCUCCAUUCCUGCUCAUUUCAUUCCAUCAUCAUCUUUUCUUGUGUUUUUGUGUUGUUUUGUAUGGAUCAGAUAUUUAAAGCUCUUUUUUUGUAAUUUGUGUCCUAUUUGUACAUAAGCGCAUUAAAAUAAAACCCUUUUUGCUUUUGAUUUUGUAAGUUGCAGAAAUAAUCAAAGCUUAUUUUAAUGGAAUUUGUAAUAAAAGACGGUAUUAAAAACCUGCA